CGCUGCCCGCCCUCCCUCGGAUGCCGAGCGAGCAGGCUCGGUUGCGCCGCAACGGGGCGGGUUUUCCUGCGCCGCCAUCUUGGAAGUGGCGGUGGGACUGAGCGAGCGGGCUGUGGGGGGCGGUCCCGGGCCCAUGGCAGCCGCCGCCGCCAACCCGGAAAUGGCAUCGGAUGUUCCCUCUUUGGGUGCAGCAGUUGCUUCUGGGAACCCUGGACCUGGUACACAGGCUGGAGUAGCCAUUGUCCAGAGAACAAACAAGAGACGACCAGGGCUUGAUUUUGAUGAUGAUGAUGAUGAUGAUGAAGGGAACAAUAAAUUCCUCAGAUGUGAUGAUGAUCAGAUCCCAAAUGAUAAAGAGAGAUUUGCCAGGUCUGAUGAUGAGCAGAGUUCAGCGGAUAAGGAAAGACUUGCCAGGGAGAAUCACAGCGAGAUAGAGCGCAGACGUAGGAACAAGAUGACUGCUUACAUCACGGAGCUGUCAGACAUGGUACCCACCUGCAGUGCCCUGGCUCGCAAGCCUGACAAGCUGACUAUCUUGCGUAUGGCUGUGUCUCACAUGAAGUCCUUGCGGGGCACUGGCAACACCUCCACCGAUGGCACCUACAAACCCUCCUUUCUCACUGAUCAGGAACUCAAACACUUGAUUCUAGAAGCAGCCGAUGGCUUUCUGUUCAUAGUGUCUUGUGAGACCGGAAGGGUGGUAUAUGUCUCGGACUCGGUGACUCCCGUCCUAAACCAGCCGCAGUCCGAAUGGUUCAGCAGCACCGUGUAUGACCAGGUUCAUCCUGACGAUGUGGACAAACUGAGGGAGCAGCUCUCCACUUCGGAGAACGCUCUGACAGGUCGAAUCCUUGAUCUAAAGACUGGGACAGUUAAGAAGGAAGGCCAGCAAUCCAUGAGAAUGUGCAUGGGCUCAAGGAGAUCUUUCAUAUGUCGAAUGAGGUGUGGCAACAGCUCAGUGGAUCCAGUCUCCGUGAAUAGGCUCAGCUUCAUGAGGAACCGAUGCAGGAGUGGCUUGGGUGCAGUGAAAGAUGGGGAGCCCCAUUACGUGGUGGUGCACUGCACAGGGUAUAUAAAAGCCUGGCCCCCAGCGGGUGUCUCAUUGCCAGACGAUGACCCAGAUGCUGGUCAGGGGAGCAAAUUUUGCCUUGUGGCCAUUGGCAGACUACAGGUCACUAGCUCACCCAACUGCACAGACCUGAACAGCAUUUGUCAGCCAACUGAGUUCAUCUCCCGACACAACACCAAAGGCAUUUUCACUUUUGUAGAUCACCGCUGCGUGGGUACAGUUGGCUACCAACCACAGGAACUCUUGGGGAAAGACAUUGUGGAUUUCUGCCACCCGGAAGACCAACAGCUUUUGCGAGACAGCUUUCAGCAGGUGGUGAAGUUAAAAGGCCAGGUUCUGUCAGUCAUGUUCCGAUUCCGGUCCAAAAACCGUGAAUGGCUCUGGAUGAGAACCAGCUCCUUUACCUUCCAGAACCCCUACUCAGAUGAGAUUGAGUACAUCAUCUGUACCAACACCAACGUUAAGAACUCAAGCCAGGAGUCUCGGCCUGCUGUGUCUAACUCGAUGCAGCGGCCACAGCAAGGACAAAACGUCAGCCUUCCCCUGGACAUGGGCACAGCUCAGCUGGCGUCAAGGCAGCAGCAGCCACAACAGACGGAGAUGGAAGUGGUCCCAGGAAGAGAGAGUCUGUCUAGUUACGACCACUCGCAGGUUUCUGUCCAGCCUGUGACUGCUGCUGGCCCAGAACGCAGCAAACCACUGGAAAAAGCGGAAGCUCUGUUUAGUCAGGAGAGGGACCCGCGGUUCAGUGAAAUCUACUCCAAUAUCAGUACAGAUCAGAGUAAAGCCAUUCCUGCCAGCACAGUGCCGGCUAAUCAGCCACUCUUUCCCCAGGGAAACACUUUCACUCCUGCGCGGCCCGCCGAAAGUUUCAGGAGCAGUAGCAUGGUACCCCCUGUCAACAUCAUCCAGCAGCAGCCUGCUUCAGCAGGCCAGAUUUUAGCACAGAUUUCUCGCCACUCCAAUACCACUCCAGUCACUGCAACCAACUGGGUGUCGGCGACACGACCGUCAUUCACGGCACAGCAAGUGGCUUCCCAGACCGCAAAGACUCGGUCCCCUUCAUUUGGAAUGGGGAGUUUCCAAGGCACCCCUUCCUCUUUCAGUCCAAUGUCAACACCUGGUUCCACAGCUUCUCCAGGCGGGGCUGCUUAUCCACCCCUUGCCAACCGCAGCACUGGCUUUGCCACUGAAACGGGGCAGACCCCAGCCCAGUUCCAGACACGGACAGCGGAAGGAGUUGGCAUGUGGCCUCAGUGGCCAGGACAACACCUCGGGCGGAGUUCUGGGGAGCAGCAUGUCCAGCAGCAGCCGAGCCAGCCUGAAGUCUUCCCAGACAUGCUGUCAAUGCUGGGAGACCAGGGAACCAACUACAACAAUGAAGAAUUCCCAGACUUAAAUAUGUUCCCUGCCUUUUCAGAAUAAAAACAAAACAAAAAACCGAAACCCCCUCACAAAUUUUAUAUAAAUAUCUAUGUGUAAAGGAAAAAGCACCUACGUCUCUUUUCUCAGACUCCUGAACUUUCUAAACACUUCCUACUUUCUGGAGGUGGAAACUUCCAACCAAGAAUCCAGAAUGGACAGCUUGUACCGAAGGACGAGGCAGGGUCUUUACAGUGCUGCCAGCCCUGCGUGGAAGAUGCAAGGGAUUGUUCAUCAGGCAGCUUCAGGACUCGUGAAGCAUUGGAGAGUGCAGGAGAGAAACUCCCACAGACUGCGGGAUGCAUGCAAGAGGCUUACUCUGUGCACUGGGUUGGGCGGAGAGGCUCCUGGCUCCUUCAGCAAGCACCUCCCAAAGCUCAAGAGGUGCUUUUUAAAAAUGUCAGUCUUCUAUCCCGUGACUUUUUAAAGACUUGUAACUGUGCUGAAAUGUUGGAACCUUUUCCCAAAUGUUACCCUAGGAUCUAGUUAUAAAGGGUUAACACACGCUGGGGAUUACAAAUCCUUCUUGGUUUACCCAGCCUGUCUCAUUGGGACUGCAGGUCACCUCAGCAAGGAAGCUUUUGUCUCAUCUCUCUGGAGAGGAAAGAGUAAGGUUAUUACUGGCUCCCCGGCUUGUGAUCGGGUUGUGUUUGGUGAGAAGCUUCCAUGUGCACGGGAGCUUAGCUUUGGAAGAACGUGUUUGUUUGAAAUCCCAUCUCUCUUCCAUAAACAGUGCAAUUAAUAUGGGUAUUUUAGUUAGCAUGACCUAUAAACGUGGAUUUUUCAUUCAUUUAAAGAUGGGAAAAUAAUGAGCCAUAAAGUGUUAAAUAAUCAUAUGUAGCUUUUCUUUCUAGAUGCACCGGUCCACAACUGAUGGCUUCAGUGCUGCCAUAAACCAGUGUUAAACGGGUUUUCAGUGAGUGUCUCUAUUAAGAAUAACAUGGCACUUUUAGUGCAACUUUUACCAUUUUUAUCUCCUUUCCCACAACCUCCAUUUCUGAGUUGUAGGCCCAGCUCCUGUUGGAAACAGACUCUUCUGCCUGUCUAGCUUCUGGGUAAGGGAUCUGGUAAAUAGCCAAGAGUUGUGCUUUUCACUCAGCUAUCAAAGUGGCAAUCUCCAGUCUGAUGUUCACUGAUCCCUUAAAGAACUUCUUACUGCCAGGUGCUGAUUUAUUGCCAAAAUACAAAAUGGAGGAAAGCGAGACAGGUAUUUAACUUAAAGAUUCAAGCCUUGUGUUAGAAUUUUCUGGCACCUUCCCUGGAAAACUUGUGGCAAACUUCACACUCCCUCCUGGCCCUGUUUUUUAAAAAGUGAUGAUGAAUCCAGUACCCAUGUCAAGAGUUUGCUGCUUGGAUUCAGUAGGUGGGUCUGUCUGUUGUUGGGUUCAGCACUUGGAAACCAACUCUCCAAUGCUGUGGUAGAAAAACAGAAUCUUUCCUGAAAAGGGAAAUCUGUUUUUCUUCAGGAUUACAUCUGUUGGAAGCUGGUCUCGUUCCUUUAAAGCAUGCACGCUGCGCCACGUUAAGUGAGAUUAGGGAUGCUGACCUCCUGGAAUGCCCUGGGGUGACCAUCCUUCAGCCAGUAAGGUCAGAGCUGGACAAAUAAUGGAAUUUCCACUGGUUGGCAAUUUUGCAAAAGUAAAGAAGAAAUUUGGCUGGGUUAAAUUUACGAUUUCAUUUUGAUUGUGAGCAUUUUCAAGUUUCGGGUUUUUUUAAAAAAAAAAAUCAAAGGAAAUUUUGAAACAAAGUUCUUUCAAACAAACGUUUCAACGUUUUAAAUAAAAUCAAGACAGACACUGAAUUUUGUCAUAAACAAAACAGAACUGAACACAAAUUCAAAGUGUUUCAUUGGUGCAGGAUCUGCAUUUUUCCACAGUUUUGUGCAAAAAAUUUUGCCUAGCUCUAAUGGCAAGAUUGUCAAAAGGAAGGGUGUGGUCUUUGUCUGGAAUAGUAGAUCUUGGAGCAGUGUUGAGGACGACCCUUUGUCAGCUCACAUAUACCCUUCAAAGAGCAGAUUUCCCAGAUUUGUAGGGCAGGUGACCUCUGUCUGUGGAAGUAUUGGGGCAAAACACAUUUGUGUGAAUAACUGUUGUAAAGUGCAAUGAGACGUUUUAAUAUUUUCUGAACCCUGCCAGAGACGAUAUUGACACUAGGAUUAGAAGAACCUAAUUUAUACCGUAUUCUCAUGCUUUCGUUGUUAAAACGAGUGUUCGGACACUAGUGACCUUGGUCAAAUCUUCAAAAACUCUGAAGUCCCAUUUCAAAAGUGAUUCAAAUGAUUGCUUUUAAAAAUGGGACCUGAGCUCCUAAAUCACUUUUGAGCUUUUGAAAAUUUUACCCAUAUACUUAAUCUGCUCUCUGCUGGGUGGAUUAUCAGGGUGUUGAGCUGAGCUAACAGCAAUAACUGCAUUUGGCUCUUCUCUUCAGCUCUGGCCGUUCACCAUGUUCCAGAUAACUUUAUCACUAGCUCAUUGGCUGUUGAGCCAUGGGGUUUUCUCAGGCUUAGAGCAAAUCUGUUUUGUAAAGUUGUAAUGUGUUAACACUUCCAGGUAUUUGUACUCAGUAUGCAAGUGUCUGCUUGUGAGUUAACUUGUAUUAACAGGAUGGCAGAAGCAUGCGUGUGAGAAUGACUAGAACUGGCUGUGACAUUUCCCAAACGGUAACGCUGUAUUCACUUUACCAGUCUCAAAAGGAGAAGGCAGCUCUAGCCUUGAAAAUCAGAACGAACCUGUUGUGACAAACGCUCUGAAACUGUGGCCAUAAGGAAAAAACCUUGUUUCUACAGAAACCAUGUACUGUAUGACAGAUUUCAGAGUAGCAGCUGUGUUAGUCUGUAUUCGCAAAAAGAAAAGGAGUACUUGUGGCACCUUAGAGACUAACAAAUUUAUUAGAGCAUAAGCUUUCGUGAGCUACAGCUCACUUCAUCGGAUGCAUUUGGUAGCUCACGAAAGCUUAUGCUCUAAUAAAUUUGUUAGUCUCUAAGGUGCCACAGGUACUCCUUUUCUUUUCAUGUACUGUAUGCACACUAUUGUAACAUGAUAUUGAAGAGAAACUCAACCUUUUUUUCAUUCUACCACUCAAAUUUCUCCUGGGGCUUGGCCGGGGGGAGGUUGAGGGGAGAGACCACUUAAUAAGGUCAGUUGCUUGGCUUUGUUUUUGCAGUCAGUUCUCUCUAGUGGUGCUCUGAUUUCCCAUCUCUAUGGCAGAGAACAGGGCACAUGCAUGGUCAGAUCAGCUCCUGCUAGCUGGGUAAUGACCUUCUCCAUCAUCACAUUCGUAACUCCUGGGUGCUCAUAUUUGUUUCUUUUUUAGCUAGGCUGCUACCAGCAAGGGGGAGAACUUGGCUCUUAAACAGAGAUGAUGGCCCUUGCCCAGGGAAACUUGCCACCAUGAUGGCUUGAGCUCCAUCAACCCUGACUUGGGGGAGGACCAUUUUCCCCAAGAGGUAGUCCUUGCCCCUCCGUCUUGUUGCUCAGUUGUAGGAUGUGCAUUGUCCGCAGGGAAAAAAGGACACACUUCACUGACUCAGUGCUGUUGUGUGGGACAAGAGUCCUAGAACCUACCCCUGGCUCCAAGCUCACCGCACCUUAAUGCAGUGGGAUUCGGGCAGCUCCCUCGCCACCCACUAGACCAGAGGUUCCCAAACUUUUCUUAUUGGCUACCCUCUUCUAUAUCUACCAGCUGCCUGUAAACCUUUACCCUUCUCAACACUGAUAAUUUGUUCUUAACACUACCUGCCUUGAGCCAUCUGUCUAUAUUUCACUGUUACAUACAGAUAUAAUGCAAAGUAUACAAUGGAAAAAAAAAAAGAAAACCCUAAAUUCUGAGCUCAGUUAGAUUGGACAAUUGCUGAGCAACUGAACCCGCGCUGUACCGUGAUUGGAGGCGAGGGCUCUGUAUGUCAGUGUGUCUGUGUUCUCACUGGUACAUCUUGAAGUUAAAUUAACUGCCGUAUUUUAUAUAACACAUUCUCAGUUUUAAAGCUUCAUCUGAGUAGCCUGGUAUGAAAAUGCGUAAAUAAAAUCCACCAUUGAACAAUUUCUCCCACGUACCCCCAGAGAUGUCUUACGUACUCCCAGAGGUACAUGUAACAUACUUGGGGAACCCCUGCUCCUGACAAACUUUGGUGGUGGUGGGCUUAAUUAAGUGUUCCAAUACUGCAGUAUUGGGGUCCAUAUAAAUACUUUAUAGUCUGUAAACCCCAGAUUUAAAGGACCCAGUAGGGAGGAUUCAGGAGCUCUGGUGGGGCGGCCAGCCGUAACUGGUGGGAAGCCUCUCUCCUCUUAGUGCUCAGACUUCAUGGGGUUUGACCCUGCAUUCCUUGGAAUUAAAUCAGUGCAGGGAUGAGGCUUUUAAGAGCCUGAUCCUGUGAAAUCUUACAUCCCAUGGGAGUGGCUGGUUGUGCUCACCCUCCUGUGGAAUGACACUGCGACCCUAGACCUGUAGUAUACCCCACGUGCCUGCAGAUUAUACCACGACCUAACUGAAGCGUCACCUGGUAGCUCAGCUUAGAAACCAAAAAAUAGUGCUGUUUUUGCCAUGCAGGUGAAAAGGGCUUGCAUGAAAUUAUUGUUGGUUCUUUUCCUUCCUUGCUCUGGAUGCAAAGGAGGCACAGAGUCUUAUUAAACAAAAAAUCCGGUAGUCGAACUGAAAAAAGGUUGACAUUAAUUCAAGUCCUGUUUUUGAUGAUCAAAUAUUUUUGAAUGUGAGUAUUUUACUGUACAGUUUGGUUGGGGGGGGCGGGGGACGGGAGAUGCUAAACGUUUUUUUAAAUGUUCUGUACUGAAGGCUUUGUGUUGUGACAGAGGUUGCAAAUAAUUAUAUGUAGCAGAGAUUUUACAAGAAGAUAUUUUUUUUUCCUUUUUAAAA